AUGCGGCAAAGAGGGGGAAGUGCGUUUCUGACGGGCUUCCGGCGUGGCAACGCAUCCACGUUGGCUGUGCCAACCGUGGCAGUGCUGUUGCUGAUGCACGUGGCUUGUGGCGCUGCAGCCCGCCUGUGCACAAGCGCGGAUAUCAUACACUUCUUCUCGCCGUGUGAUAGGCAGACGGGCAAGCUGACCGUCCUGUCCUACAUCAGCAGCGACGCGGGUUGCGAACAGGGGAAUCUUUUCGUGCCACCCCCACGCACCACUGCUUGCUACGACUGCACAGAUGGUUACCGCCUGGACCCGCUGACGCUUGAGUGUGCCCUGUGUCCAGCCGGCACCUACUCCUCAUACACGACCCGCUACGUGACCUUUGACCCCUUGCCGGAAGGCGUGAGAACGUACUGCACUCCGGAGCCGUGUGCGUCGUGGAGCGCCGUGGAGGAUACUUAUGGAACGGUGAUCUCCUCAGGUGUGCAGCCGACCGAGAACCGUUCCAUGACGCAGUGGGGUACGAUCGACGAGUCGGUGGAGUCCACGCUGGACUUCUUAGUGGACGUCAUUGAGAGCAGCGGUUCGCUCGAGUUCGAUUACUCAAUCUCGUCUGAAGAAGCGUACGAUGGACUCGUGCUGCGCCUGAAUUACAGCAUUGUCAGAAACCCGGACACGGAGGUCGGUAACUACCGGUUUUUCGCCACGGGGGUACACCGCGACUGGUAUCACGCCUCCAUAAUGCUGCCGCAGGGUGUCACCCAGGUUCUGUUUGACUACGUGAAGGACAGCACCGGCCCAUUCUACGGCGAGGAGCUCACCGGCGUGAAUGACCGGGCGCUGUUACGCAACAUUGUCGUCAAAGGUACGUGCAAGACAGUGGCAGAGAUGCAGUGCGUCAGCUGUCCACCCGGGCAGUGGACGGCCAGGGAUGGCAGCGGUGGUGUUGGCGCAUCCCAGUGCGUUCGAUGUCCACGGAACACAUAUCGGGGAGAGGGCGAUACGCAGUGUCUCCAGUGCCCGCCGAACACAUCAUCGCGAGAGGGCGCUGGUAACUGCACCCCCAUGCGCGCGUGCACGGGGGGCGACUACAUUGCGCAGUACGGCAGCUGCCGCCUGAGUGACAACACGCGACUGCGGAGCUGGGUCAAGUACGAGGGCGCAGACUGUGUUGAAGUGGAGGGCAGCAGGCCGACGGCGACGAGGGUCGAUUGCGCGGCAUGUCUGCCGGGCAUGCGGCAUGCAGACAGUCGAGCUCGCGGGGCGUGUGUUAGUUGUCCUGCGGGGGAGUACCUGUUAGGCGAUAGGUGCGAAGUGUGUCCAUUGGGGACGGCCGCCAUACCCAAGCUGGUGUACAGCAGUGGCUUUGACGGCCUCGGCGGUGAUGUGAUGGCGCUGCCAGGGAUCUCGCUGUCGCGCACCUACUGCACAGGCUCUGCGAGCCGCUGCCAAAAGGAGGAAGGGAAAGGGUUCGAGCUUGUGGGGCUUCCGUUCGCUGACGAGGACAAUACACUGAUCGGCAUUCGACAAGAACACCUUGCCAGCUCGACCUACUCGCUGGCCACCCUCACCUACACCUUCCAUGCCGAGGAAGACGGCUGGGCGAACAUCACCUUCGCUUAUAUCAAUGCUGAGGGCAAGUACGUGCAAAGGAUGGAUUGGCGGACAACAUUGAACGUGCGGGUCAUCGUGGACGAUGACGCCGAAUAUCUGGCCCGAACUUUUGCGACUCAGACGGGGGGAAUGGACUCGAUGUUUUACUCCAUUCGUGUGCCGUACUACGUGGAUACGGCACUUCCUGCCAGCGGUUCCGACUCGACGCUCCGUGGCAUGCAGCACCGCUUAAGCUGGAUCGUGGAGGAGCUCGCCUUCACAUCAAACCCGAUCUCAGUCGUAAUCGUGGGCCUGGAAGUGUUUGGCGAUCUAUCGGGCGGUGUGCAGAAGUGCCAACCCUGCCGAGCUGGGUUUAGCUGCCCAUCACGCGCGGCGAAGAUGACUCCGUGCUCACCUGGCGCCGUGCAACCCUCAUUACAAGCCCACCGGUGCGAGCCCUGCAUCGGCAACACCUACGCUCCCGGAUACGGCUUCACGACAUGCCUUCCGUGCCCGAGCAACACGGUCGCAAACGCAGACCACACGGGCUGCAGCUCCGGCUGCGUGUUCAAACGACACGGCAUGCUGUACAACUUCAGCGAGCUGCGAGGUGUCGUCUUGAAUACGUCGGUGGGGUACGUAUUGCCAAUUAACACAUCCCUGUCCAACAUGACGGUCGAGGAGGCCGACGAGGCCGGUGUCCCCCGCCUCUAUUACUCUCCAUGCGACCCGCUCCCCGUCCGAGAUGCCCGGGCCACCUCCGAGAGGGACUCUGCUCUCACCCCGAUCACGCGCGAUCGGCUGUGCGUGCCUUCAGCGCGCGGCCGCAACAUCUCCUCUAGCGCGUACGUGUGUCAGCGCACUUCAGCCACCAGCGGGCACCACUUUGGCGACGCCACUACGCACAUGGAGGUCGGUCGGCAUCUCUACCUGGUGACGCAGUUGGGCAGCCCAUACACCUUCUACGGCUUCGAUACCUCCGCGGAUGACUGGGUCUACGACGUAAAGUCCAACUACAUGGCGUUUGUCGAGCUGGAGUGCAGCACGAGAGCCGAUGAGCCAAAGUUCGGCACGCUGCAGUACGCGGGCGAGAACUAUGAGAACCUUGUCCUUCGGUGGCGCUCGGCCUAUGCAUGCCCCCUCUGCACAAACGAAAGCUAUGAAAAGGUGGAGACGAGCUGCAAUGAUCCCCCCGCAAAGACGCGGCGGGUGUACUACGCCUUACGCACGGAAAGUAUGAGCUGCGUCGGCGGCUACGUGCCGCCGGAACCGAUUGUUGUGAAGUGCACCGAGUGCACCCUCGACUCCUACACCGUGCGCUGGCUGGAGUGCGACCCAGUAACAAAGACACAGGAGGGUGUCUACACACUUCUACCCGACCGCGCCAACUGCACACCAGGUGCCUUUCCGCUGCCCGUCGUGCAGCCGCGUCCGUGCGAUCCGUCGGGCGGUACCGCUGGCAGGGGUGCCUCUCGCAAAACGGUGGUGGUCCUUCUCGUGAUUCUCGGGCUCGUGCUAGCUGGACUGGGAGUUCUGACUGUGUACUACCGUCGUCUGCGGGAGCGUGUCGCGCGCGCGGCACGUGGGGAGGGAGCGGAGCUGGACGCCUACGGCGGCAUCUUGGACGAUCCGUAUGAUAAUGACGACGGAGGCGACCCUGCGGAGCCGUCAUCGUUCGGGCGCGACAGUACGGCUGCAACAGUGCAUCAACUGUGGGGCGUGGUGGUAAGCAUGGGUCAACACAUUCGCGACGCUGUCUCGCACAACGACGGCAGAAGCGUGAGAGCUGCCGCCCGCGCGUCUGCCGACGCUCGCGACAACUGGAACGGGUACGACUUCGCCGCCGCUUCGGAUGGCGGCACCAGCGAGAGCGGCGGUGGCAGUGGCAGUGGCAGCGGCAGUGCGGAUCGUGACGGCCAUGUGCAGAAUAUCUUUUCUCUCGCCGCCACUGACGACGAUAUCUUACCGGGACUUCGCUAG